AUGAGGAAUAAUUCUAAUAUGUACAUCCUCAAAGAUAGCCAAGUGUUGGUGUCAUUUGAAGAUGUGGCUGUGGAAUUGUCCCUGGAGGAAUGGCAGCACAUGGACAGUGCCCAGAGGACCCUGUACAGGGAUGUGAUGCUUGAGACCUAUAGCAAUCUGCUGUCCGUGGGAUAUUCAAUUACCAAGCCUGAUGUGAUCUUCAAGUUGGAGCAAGGAGCAUUGCCAUGGACAAUGGAAAAAUCUCUAAACCAACCACGUUCACAUUCAUACAGAAAGAAUGCGCUGAUUGGAGCUGAUCAGGAAAACGAAGACAAACAUGUCAGGAAACCUGAUGAGAUGGCAUUUGGGAGAAAACAGGAAGCCUUUAAUGUGCCUAAGAACAACCUUCAGGGAAAGGAGGUUCUUAUUCAGCAUGCCAAGAGAAUUCACAAAGAGAAGAAAACUUACGAAUGCAAUGUGUGUGAGAAAGCCUUUUCCUCCAAAUCCUACCUCACUAUACAUCAGAGAACACACACAUGUGAAAAACCAUUUAAAUGUAAUGAGUGUGGAAAAGCCUUUCAUAGCAAGUCAGUUCUCGGUAUACAUCAGAGAAUCCACACAGGGAAGAAACCUUAUAAAUGUAGUGAGUGUGGAAAAGCCUUUUUAAAAAAGUCAGUUCUCACUGGACAUCAGAGAAUCCACAUAGGUGAGAAAUCUUUUGAAUGUAGUGAGUGUGGAAAAGCAUUUUUUCGAAAGUCAAGCCUCGUGACUCAUCAGAGAAUUCACACAGGGAAGAAACCUUAUAAAUGUAGUGAAUGUGGAAAAGAAUUUACUGAUAAGUCAAGUCUCAAUGCUCAUCAAAAAAUCCACACCGGGGAGAAACCUUAUAAAUGUAGUGGGUGUGGAAAAGUAUUUAGCCACAGAUCAAGUCUUGUGGUUCAUCAGAGAAUCCACAAUGGGGAAAAACCUCAUAAAUGUAGUGAGUGUGGAAAAGAAUUUAGCAAAAAAUCAAGUCUCAAGACCCAUUAGAGAAUCCACACCGGGGAGAAACCUUAUAAAUGUAGUGAGUGUGGAAAAAAAUUUACCACUAAGUCAAAUCUCAAUGCUCAUCAGAAAAUCCACACAGGGGAGAAACCUUAUAAAUGUAAUGAAUGCAGAAAAGCCUUUUUUGUAAAGUCAUAG